AUGUACGACAUUCGUUCAGACGGAGAUCUUGCUAAUUCAAUAAAUUCUGUUGUCUGGUUCAAUGCGAGUGUGAAUGAGUCUCACAUUAUGGGAUAUUGCUAUUUUUCUAAAGACUUUAACAGAAAUCUCAGUAAACGUUUGGAACGGACAUUCAGGAAUGUUUUACGGAUAAACCCAAGCACAUAAGCCAUUGAGGAAAUAUUCAUACUUUAUUAGCAUACACUAUCACUGGGUAUGGGCACUUGUUGAAUUAUGACAAGUAAAUAAUUAAAUUGUAAUUAGUAUAUUCUUGAUUUAUAUUUUCCACUUAGUUCAGGAAUAAAAUAGAUUUGAUGAAUGAAGAGAUGUUUGUAUCAGCUUUGAGCUGAUGUAAUUAUUUGAAAGAAACUGUUCAAACAUGAGAGAUUAUUGAUUUAAAGACUGGAGCAAUCACCACAGAAACCAGUGGAAUCCUACGACUGGUUGCGUCACUUUAAGCUCAAUACAACUAAAUAUGUUUGCUUUGCUUUUAAUAAAUCACUUCCAAUAUUUUUGUUAGAAAUCAUUUCUGAACUAAUAAUUCUAAAGAAGUUUGUCUCAAAGUAUUCUACACGCAGCCACUCUACAUUCAUUUUGAUAAAAUCCAGACUGAAAUCUAAAGAGCUAAAUUACAAUUUAAAAAAACCCUCACCUUAAAAUAAGCAAUAAGACAGUGAGGAAAAAUGAUAAGCUUUACAAUAGGUCGCCGGCUUGCAAAUCACAGCACGCCUGCCCGCAACGCCAAUGGCAGCACACGGUGUGAGUUUAUAAGAUUGGUCAUGGCAAUUAGUAAUGUGUGGAUCUUCAGACAGACUCAGUAUCUGCACAUUCUGAUCUCUGGAACCCCUGCCGUUACCUCUUUAAGGGAAAUGACUCUUUAAAGUGACAUAGUGCCUCCUGUGUAUAAAUCAAUAAUGAAUGUAGUAGGAAGGACGGUGAUUUAUUUAAGUGACCCUGAAUCAGCCUAUUCUUCGUUUCUCGUUGUGGCUCAGUUUAUUUGUGCAGGGAGCCAAUCCAUCUAUCUGAACGCAGGCAGUCUAGUAGCAAUAGUUGAGCAUCAUGGGAAAUGUAGUUCAAAAACAUCUGCUGUGCCAGAAAGGCUUAUCCUUCAUAACUGCGAAGGCUCCGGGGCUAAUCUGACCUUAUGUCUGCACCUGAUUCAACCCAAUACUAGAACAUUAAGCACAUGAACAACAGACACAAAGGACUUUUUAUUGAAUGCAUUUUACCGCUACUUAAUAUUCAUGGGUCUUUUUUUCCAGAAAGGCUGGUCUCUCAUUUUAUAAGCAUUUUUUUUCUGGAACUUCCAUCUUCCAAGAUCUUAGGAGGUCUCACCUUCCUGUGGUAGAGCCAACAUCUUUACCAGACCAGAUUCUGGGUAGACCCCAAACAAUUGAAAGGAGAAUGUCCUCUAAGAUACAUGACAUUACCUGGUCUGACCAUGCCCACUGUAUGGUCGGCACUCAAAUCGCCAUUAGAUGUAUUUAUUCAUUCCAAUCGCUGAGGUUUGAGAAGUGAAAGGGUACACUAUCUGAACUUACUUACCUUAACAAAAGUAAUCCUUCCCCUCUCACAGGAAAGGUGGAGAUUGUGAGGGUAGAACUAAACGCCCUUCACUUUUAUUUAGCAAUUUGUAUCUCUCUAGAUUAAAAUAAAGUUUUUACUCAAAUGAUAAUAAUGGUAACAAAGCCUCUUCAUUAUUGUUGGUAAAUCUCUGCAAGAACCCAAACGCAAGCAACUUACCUUUUAGAUCCAUUCAGUAACAAUAUAAUAAACUGAAUAUGAUAGAAGACUUUAUAACUUAAAAUCAGUCCAAAUACUCCCAACCCACAGUGCCAACUAUGGAGACAUUUCUUUUAUCUUAUGAUUUGUCCCAGAUAUCAGUCAGUCUAUCAAGAUCUCUGCAAACCUAUGAGGGGAUUGAGAAAAACAUUUUAAUUCUAGCUGAAGGAAAGGUCCCCGGCUCUGGUGGCUUUACAAAUGUCUACUAUGAGAAAUGGUCCCACUCACACGUUCUACUCUAUAAAAGCAUUUCAGUGUAUGACAGCUGGCACCAUACUCAAAGAUCUUCAGACAUAAAUUAUAACCUACUCAAAAACAGGCAAAUUAAUGGUAGUUGUGCCAAAGUUAGUCUGAUAUCACUUAUGAAGGCAGAUCCUAAGCUUUAUGCCAAGAAUUGAGCAGAAACUCUAUUGUCUAUUAGAAUUGGGAUUGUCUAUUAGUCUAUUAGGAUCACAUUGAUUUUGUUUUAUACAAAACAUUUGGUUUGCCCAAACUGAGAAAGGGGUGUAUGCGGGAUUGAGAAAGAGCUGCAUGGGGGAUUGAGACAAGGAUGUAUGGGGGAUUGAGAAAGGGGUGUACGGGAUAUUGAGAAAAGGGUGUAUAGGGGAUUGAUGAAGAGGUUUAUGGGGGAUUGAGGAAGGGGUGCAUGGGGGAUUGAUUAGGUGGGAUUGAGGAUGCAGUAUAUGGGGGAUUGAGUGGGGAAAUUUUAGAAGGGGUACCACGUGAAAAGGCAACACAUUUAAAAUCCGUAGAGAGAAUGCCAGUGGGUUAAAUAAGGAUAAGUGCUGGGAAUGACCUGAGAAAGAAAUUAAAUUGGAAAGAGAAAAAGAUAUAAUGCGAGGGGAACGUGUAAGUGAAUGGAAGAAAGAAUUGGAUGAAGGAAUAAUAAGCAGUGAAUGAGAAGAGAGGAAAGAGGAUAAUGGAAAUGCAGAGAAAAAUUUCUCCCGCAUCUUGUCUGCACUAAGUAUUAAAUCAGCUGCAGUUAGAAGCCAAAGAUGGGAGCCAAUCACAGCGCUGUCAGUAUCCCAAGACGCCUGUGAUUGGCUGUCUCAGAGAGCCCCACGGGAGAGAGGGAGAGAGAUAAAAUAAAUGUAGAAGAGACUUCCCCCCCCCCCCCUCCUUCCCACCUAACCCAGCUGUGUGACUCCUGGGCUGCAGUAACACAGUAACAUAUACACUGCACACACACAUACAGAGCAUCCUCGCAACUCUGUAUCCCAUAUCUCACUUCCAUCCUGCUCAGCUGUCCCCGAGCCUCAUUCACUCACCCAUUCACACACACGACACGCUCACCUUAUUACUUCAUCCAAAUCUCGACAUUCCCCAGAGGAAGAGACAAACAGGUCCGUAACAACGCACGCGACACUUGCACCGCAAUCACAAGCACACACACCUCUCCUCGCAGUCUGCAGCAUGGCAACACCAACUCAGAGAAGCGAGAAAGGUAGGAGCUGCAUGCAGUAUUCCGGAUUUAAUGCGGGGAUUGUUAACCCUUUACUAAAGUGACUUAGAAGCCACGCCAAGCUCCACGAUGGCAGCCAAGAGGUUAAUAAUAGUAUGUUUGUAGAUAGUCUGCAUGGAGAGAAAAACAGGUCGGGAUGUAUCUGCAUCCUAACAGCAUUGCAAGGGUUAAUAUAUCCAGAGUUAAUUCAUCUCCUUAAUGUCUUUCUGUCUGUUCUUGGAGGUUAUCAUUAGGAGAAGCAGCCCCUUGUUAUUCCAAUAGAACAUUUACUGCAGUGAAACCCCCACCCCCAGCAGCUUUACUGCAGGUGCAUUGCGGUGUCCCUACACCUCCCCCACGCACAGAGUCUGCAGCAAGCCAUACUGCAUGGGGUUAAUGCAAUAGCCCCAUUUCUUCCCAGAGAGGGGUUAACUGUCUAUACUAAAUAAUGGCUGGGUUUGACAUUUCUUUUCAUAUUGAAUCUCGUGUAUUUCUGGUCCUUAUAAUUUAACUAUACUUGCAGUUUGUGUUUUAUAUUAAGCAGUGAUUUAAUGAAUGUCCUUGGGGGGGAGGGGGUCUAUAGCAAUGUACUGCCUAUUCCUUGGCACUCAGAGGGUAAUAACCCCAAUACACCAUUACGUACCCUAACAUUUAACCCAUUCAGUGACACGGCUUUAUAGGUCAAUACCUCUACCUAUGGUUUCUUAAAAGGGUUACCGAUGACAUUGGAGGCUGGGGAGGUGUCUUAGAAGGAUUCAAUGCUAAGAAUUUGGGAGAUGGGAAGAGAAAGCAGAGUUUGCCCUACAUUCUCUGUGAGACCUCCUGGCAGAGAGUGAUAGGAGUGUGCUUACCAUGAACUCACCUCUCCCUGGUGACUAGAGGUAUCUGAAAGCAUAGUCUGGGCAUGAACCUCUGCCUUCAUCUAAAUACAGCAUCUCCCAUUGUCAGUGUUAAAUAGGGCGAUGAUUGUGUGAAUACCUGGAAAAAUGUCAGGGUUAAUGUAUUAAUAUAGUGCAGUCAUUCAUCCACAAUCAGUAAUCAUAGACCCGUGAGAAGGGCUGACUAUAACUCCCAUCAUUCAUUUACCCAAUCAUUUUAAUAAGAGGACCGGCCAAAGCAAUAAGGGCAGGUAGUCAGGAUCUCUCAGGAUCAGAGGGUCCAUACGGAUCUUCAUGAAUGAAGCUUCCCAGAUCACACAGUGCUCUUCCAGACUACUGGGCGAUUUUAAAGCUAGCACUCUACUUCCCCAUUCAUCACUGAUGCUACUUGUUACCAAGGUUUCUGUGUCAAAAACAAAACCGUUAAGUUACAAUAUUUUUAGUUCUUUGAAAGGAAAGCAAAAACGGAACAAUUCCUCGAUAUCCGUACAAGCGGCCUGUUUUCGGGUUCUCUUUCGAGGGAGCAAUGGAUACUUUGCAGAUAUCAGCAUUUAUUCCGCACACCUUGUGCUUUCUACUGACCUUCAUCUGCCGAGGGUUAAACAAAUCAAUUGCAAUAAUCUAUGAAUAGGGAUGACUGCAAGUCAAUGGGAAUCUUAGCUUCACACAAGACAUUGCUUGGAAUGUACGUAUUCAUUCUCUCAUUAUUUGCCUGGUCAGUCACCUAGCAACUGAUGUGGUCCAGAUCUCAUACUUGCAGACUCAGUCUUAUUGCAUUCCUUGAACACAUGUGCCCUGUGCACCCAAUAGCAUGCAUGGCGUUCUCUGCACGCGGCUUUAUUAGGAGAGGGUGGAGUGCUGCAGAUGCUGCUGUGAUAUUGCAGUAUAAUCAGUGGUGUAUCCUGGUUUUGUGCUGCCCUAGGCAGGACAAAACUCAAGCGCCCCCCAACCCUCCCCCCUCCUCACGCGCGACCCCCACCCAUCCCUUCCCCCUGCCCCGCCUUCUAAAUACACACACACACACAUUCACUGACAGAUACGCAUACGCUAGCUAACAGAAACACACACUCACUGACACACACAGACACACACUCACACACUAGCAGACACACACACACUCACUGGCAAACAUACACACACACACACAAACACUCACUCACUCACUAGCAGACACACACACUCAUUGAAACACACACACUCACAGGCAAGCACACACUCACUAACAGACACUCACUAACAGACACACACUAGCAGACACACACUAGCAGACACACACACACUCACUGACACACACACUCACAGGCAAACACACACACACACCCUCACUAACAGACACACUCACUAACAGACACACACACUAACAGACACACUCACACACAUACUAACAGACAUACACACACACUCACUCACAUUAACACAUUUUUUUUAACCCCCUCCUUACCUUUGGGAGUGCUGGGGGGGAAGGGGUUCUCUAUCUCCCUGGGGGUCCAGUGGCUGCUGGGCGGUCUGGGGGCGCUGGGCGGGCGGCUGGUGAGGGAGCACUUCCUCUGAGCACUCUGCUCAGCUCCCUCGCGCGCCUCAGAGUGAGGCUGGGAGCCGGAAUAUGACGUUAUAUGAAGUGCUCCCUCGCCAGCCGCCCGCCCGGCAUAUCAGUUAGCCGCAAGGCUAACAAGGCAUUUGCCCUGGGCAUUUGGGGUGCGGCUAAAACGUCCCUGAUCAAGUAUCAGCGCUACAGAAUAGGAUGGCGCUAUCUUUAAAACAAUUGUGGAUUUUUCAAUACAAUUAGGAAAAAAAUAAAUAAAAAAUAAAAAAUGAGAACAGAGAAUAUCCAUGUAGAAGUUAUAUUGUUAAAGGGAAGGUAUAUUUUUGUAACAAAUGUACAUAUAUUAUUGUCACCAAGCAGAGAAUUACAGGACAUCAAAGGGGAAUUCCAAAACUUUAUGCCAUAAGAGGAUGUUGAGGACGAGAAUGUUUCCAGUCACUGUUGGCAUUAAAUGGUUAAAUUUACAAUUCUUUAAUUGGUAAUCCAUAAUGUUCACUAUAGUGAUUAAAUCACGUUAGAAAUCUGGGAUAUUUCUCGUGUAAUCAGUGUGAAUCUCACAUACUGAAGAUUCAGUGUAUGAACGAAUACAAAAACAUAAUGGCUUGUUCGUUAUAAAGUGAAUUAUGGAAUAUUAAAUCAUUCAGCCUAUCCAUGCUGUGACCUUCACUGAAGCCUUGAUUUAAUAUCUUUGGAUUUUCCAAUGAUGAUCCCAAUCUGUUACAAAGACUUUCCAAAUGAUUUAUCUACAGACGUUGCCAUUAUAGUCGAUGGGAAUGUUUGUAACGGAUUGGGAUGAUUUGUAAAGCGUAUUCAAAAACAUUAAAUUGUCCUAAACUGGAGAAUAUUUAAAAACUGCUUGUUUGGCCUAAAUGUAGCAAUUUGCAUUCUAGCUCACUACAUAGUACAUAGUUACAUGUCUGAAAAGAGACACGUGUCCAUCGAGUUCAGUCUUUCUAACAUCGGUUUUUGCUGUUGAUCCAAAGGAACGCAAAACAUGCUUUCCCAUUUUUUAACAAAUGAGGAAAACAUUCCUUAUUGACCCCAGAACGGCAGUCAGAUCUCUCCUUGGAUGAAGAAUUCUCUAAUUAUAUAAACUCGAUGAUUAAUCACUAGACCAGGUCUACUAUCAGACCUGAUUUCUAUGGAACAAUCCUGAUUUUGGGAUCAUGCCCUGCCAUCACAAUGUUGUUCCCUUAUGUCCUGUAUCUGGGGACACCAGGGAGCAUUUUGCAGGGUCCUGUAGGGAGUGGGAGGCUGUCAGUAGGCCUGGUCUGACAUGGGCCCUUUAGUGGGCAGGCCUUCCCCUUUUUUGCACAUGACCUGAUCUCAUACCUGCCAGUGUUGGGAGAAAUAUAAAAUCAAAUCCAUUCCUGCCUUGAGGCGUGUGAUCAGCGCUCCUUCACCGGUUCCUGCACAUAGGAGGGCAUUGUGAUAAAGCAUUAAAACAUAGCAUAGUUUAGUUCCUGCACUCUGUGAGUCACGCAAUGCAAUACUCAGCACAGGCAGUAGGUUGCCCCCCUGCCAUGAGCACUGACCUCUUACUCCACCCAUUAUCACUAUUCCCACUGACCUGGUCCAUGCUUCUUGCCAACCUAUACUGCCCAUUACUUCUGCACUGCUCUUGCUGCCCACAAUACCAAUUCCUAAUUCCUGCCCACCUGCCUAACCUCUAAUUGUUGCCCAGCCCCUAGUUCUUGCCCACUUACCCAGCUAGCUGUAUCCUUUACAAUAUAUCUUCACAUUUACUACAUUAAACAUUAAUAAUCAAUAUCUAGACUGAAUUUUUAAAAUAAAAGGAAAAAAUAGAAUAAAAUGCUCCUAGAUUUUACUUUACGAUCUCACUGGAGCGUCAGUGACCGUUUCAGGAGUUUUGUAAAAUGUAGGUCAUAAUAGAUGGGUUACAAUAACUUUUCUAUUUGUACGAUUUGUCCCCGAUCUUCGAUGUCAGCCGUGAUAUGAAUAUAGCACUCCAGAUAUCAUUGUAAUUAGAUUUAGUAAAUAGACGUGGCCUUUGUCUAUGCAGCAGUGGUGGGAUGAAUUCUACAGAAAGCAAUAAAUGAUACAGAGGACCUAUCAUGGGAGUCGGGAUGGUUUAUAGGUAUGACGUGUAUUCCUUAUUAAAGUCUUAAACAUGUCAGUAGCAUUACUAGUUGCAUUGCAACUGAUCUCCAUAUCUCUUUGUUAUUUAUGGGAUUCUUUAAGUAAAGGCCAUUCUAUUCAUAUAGACAACUAAGGCCACAAGUGGGCGACAGCGAGGCGUGGGUUGGCUCCUGAGUGCUCUGGGCACCUCACAUAUGGCUGCACAUGUCCACAAGCAUGUCUCAUUCUCUCUCACAGGGAGUUAAUGCCUUUACUAUACUCUAUACGGUGAAAGCACAUCCAAUGACACACGUGUUGUCGUUUCGCCUGCAUUUCAUUUCAGGGGACAUACCUGGGCAGGAGGAACAUGAGCCCUAUAUUGGACUGCCCUGACAAAUCUGGGACUGUUGAUACGUUAAUGAAGAAAGAAUAAUAUAUACAUAAUAGAGCCAUUAAUAUUCUUUAAAUGAUUCAUUUUGCUGUUGUUUUCUAGAAAUUCCUCCACCCUCUCACUGAUAGGUGUGAAUAGUGUUCUAGAUUAAUAGUCAGAGAUCUGUUGGGUUUGUGCGGAGUUGUGUGAGUGGAGCAGAUCAAGGUGUUUCUCGAGGAGAUUUGUCUUUCCGAUAUCUCUGUAAUGAAGGAUGAAAGGUACAGUCUGUAAGCCUGCGGCCUGCCCUCAUACUUCCUUCCAUCUGCUAUCCCUCCUCGGUGUGGUUAAUGGAGGGAUUCCUCCAGCACUUGUCAGGAGCAGUGAGCUGUGAAUGUGCUGACUGCAAGGCUUUCGUACAGACUGAUUGAAUGAAGACAAGCUAGAAAUACUGCAGUGAAGACUCCUCGAAGGUCUCUAAGGUCCCAAAAGUGCUUGUCUCUCUCCGUCUUGUCUUUCAGUUUGAUUUUUAUUUGCUAUAUCUGUAUUUAGAUUACUAGAGAUUAUUGAAACUGACUCUGCUUUUCUCCUUCUUCGAGCCCCUAUCUCAUACCUUGUUCUUUCUCCUAGAUCUUGCUCUCUCUCCAUCUCUCUCUUCUUGCCUAAUCUCACAUUCUCUAUUUCUCCCUUUCUCUUUGUCUGAUCUCACUCUCUCUCUCCAACCACAGAUACCCAGAAAUAACCAACCUACAGGCAUAGAUACCCAUAUACCCAGAAAUAACCAACUUACCGACAAAGAUACCCAGAAAUAACCAGCCUACAGAGACAUAUAACCAUAUACCCAAAAUAACCAGCCUGUGCUCAUAGUAACUGUUCAUAAUGACCUUGUAUUAUUAUUUUAAUUAAUCCAGGGUCUUUCUAGAAUAAAACCAUGGGAUGUUUUAGAAAACCAAUACCGAGACCCAAAAGAAAUCGAGUCUUAGAGAGGAUGGGGAAGUGAUAAUAGUAUUAGAAGGAUGGGUGAACUAAUUGCAGGAAUAAAAGUCAUCUGGGUAACAAACUGCAUGGGGUAGGGGGAAAGAUGAUGAAAUGAUACAAUUGAGUGUCAUAGACUGAUGCUAAAAGUUGGUAGACUUGGAUCAGUGAGGGCAAGAGGGUAGUAAUACUAUAGUGGUGGAAUAAGAGCAGAGCAGAUGGUAUGGUGGUAGAAUGAGGACAGGGAGGGGCUGGUUGGUGGUGGAAGGAGGACAGGGAGGAUUGAUGGUGGAAGGAGGACAGGGAGGAUUGGUGAUAGAAGAAAAAUAGGGAGAAUUGGUGGUAGAAGGAGGAUAGGGAGGAUUGGUGGUAGAAGGAGGAUAAGGAGGAUUGGUGGUAGAAGGAGGACAGGGAGGUUUGGUGGUAGAUGGAGGGCAGGGAGAAUUGGUGGUAGAAUGAGGACAAGGACGAUUAGUCGUAGAAGGAGGACAGAGAGAAUUGGUGAUAGAUGGAGGAUAGGGGGGAUUUGUAGUAGAAGGAGGACAGGGAGGAUUGGUGGUAGAAGGAGGGCAGGGAUGAUUGGUGGUAGAAGGAGGACAGGGAGGAUUGGUGGUAGAAUGGGGACAGGGAGGAUGGGUGGUAGAAGGAGGACAGGGAGGAUUGGUGGUGGAAUAAGGACAGGGAGGAUUGGUGGUAGAAUGCGGACAGGGAGGAUUGGUGGUAGAAUGAGGACAGGGAGGAUUUGAGGUAGAAGGAGGAUAGGGAUAAUUGGUGAUAGAAGGAGGACAGUGAGGAUUUGUGGUAGCAGGAGGAUAGGGAGGAUUGGUGGUAGAAUGAGGACAGGGAGGAUUAGUGGUGGAAUGAGGAUAGGAAGGAUUACUGGUAGAAGUAGGAUAAGGAGGAUUGGUGGUGGAAGGAGGAUAAGGAGGAUUGGUGGUGGAAGGAGGACAGGGAGGCUUGGUGGUGGAAUAAGGACAAUGAGGAUUAGUGGUAGAAUGAGGACAGGGAGGAUUAGUGGACAGGGAGGAUUGGUGAUAGAAGGAGGACAGGGAGGAUUGCUGGUAGAAUGAGGAUAAGAAGGAUUGAUGGUAGAAAUAUGGACAGGAAGUAUUGGUGGUGGAAGGAGGACAGGGAGGGUUGGUGGUAGAAGGAGGACAUGUAAGUAGAAGGUGGAUAGGGAGUGUUGGUGGUGGAAUGAGGACAGGGAGGAUUGGUGGUAGAAGGAGGAUAGGAAGGGUUGGUGUUUGAAGGAGGAUAGGACCUAUUGGUGGUAGAAGGAGGACAGGGAAGAUUGGUGAUGGAAGAAGGACAUGGAAGUAGAAGGUGGAUAUGGAGGGUUGGUGAUAGAAGGAGGACAGUGAGGGUUGGUGAUAGAAGGAGGACAGUGAGGGUUGGUGAUAGAAGGAGGACAGGGCCUAUUGGUGGUAGAAUGAGGACAGGGUUGAAGAGGGGAACGAUGUGGAAAGGAAACACACAGAGAGGCAAGAUAAAAUUAUCAUAUAAUUAAUACAUGAUACGGUGAGAGAUGAAGCCAAUAAUGUUGCAUGUUUUUCAUUAAAUAUAUAAUAACCCUAUUAUUUUAUUAUUACACAAAAAUAAGCCCUGCGCUCAGACUCCCACUACUCCUGGGCUGCAGCAAUGACCAUAGUGCACAUCAGUCCCAAUACAUGCAAUACAAACCAGGUAACUCUUUUCUUUGGUUUCUGUUAGUUUAUUAACUAGAUAUAUUGUAAGUCUCUGAUCAUUUCCUUCUCCGAUGGAUUGUUUAGAUAUUUUUUCAGGCAUCGUACCGGUUGAAUUCUUAGAGAUCGUUAUAGAUUCAGUGUUGGAUAUUGGUUUGUUUAUAGAUACACUCUGUAAUGACAUAAAUAGAUAUAUUCACAGAGCAGGUCUCCAUACGCUAGGCAUUGUGGGAUGUGUCGGGAUAAUAGGCGUCUGUCUUAGAGGAGGUUAAUAUCUAACGAUUCUUCUAGCUCAAUGUAUGGAUCAGAUUUCCAUAUCUACCUUCCGUUAAUCGUGUUAACUCUGUGAAAAGCAGAUUCGCUGUAAAUACUGGGUGACUUAUUGUUUCAUGGAAUGUCCUGCUAUAUAGAGAUAUAUUCUAUACAUCCUAUUUCAUAAAGUUAGACUACCAAAUCUCUGUUGCUAUAGCAACAGUUUAGGGACUUUGUUAACUAAACAUUUUGCCACAUUGUAGUGUCAUUACUUUCAUAUUUUGCAGAAAGUAGCAGAAUAACUCCAUAUUUCAUUAAUAAGGCUGCGUUCUACCAGAGAAAGCUGUAAUGCAUCCACUCAUUAUAAGAGGAUGAUAGUCUGAGAGAGGACAGGGGGCAGGAAGAUGUUACCUGUAGUGAAUUGAUUUGGGAAUAUAGCAGUUUUAUUUUAACCUGUAGUUUUACAAACGGCCACUUGAAGGAGCAUCUGAGCUAUAAUUCAUUUACGGAAAUUGCUGCAUAGAAACAUAGAAUGUGACGGCAGAUAAGAACCAUUCAGGCCCAUCUAGUCUGCCCAAUUUUCUAAAUACUUCCAUUAGUCCCUGGCCUUAUCUUAUAGUUAGGAUAGCCUUAUGCCUAUCCCACGCAUGCUUAAACUCCUUUACUGUGUUAACCUCUACCACUUCAGCUGGAAGGCUAUUCCAUGCAUCCACUACCCUCUCAGUAAAGUAAUACUUCCUGAUAUUAUUUUUAAACCUUUGUCCCUCUAAUUUAAGACUAUGUCCUCUUGUUGUGGUAGUUUUUCUUCUUUUAAAUAUAGUCUCCUCCUUUACUGUGUUGAUUCCCUUUAUAUAUUUAAAUGUUUCUAUCAUAUCCCCCCUGUCUCGUCUUUCCUCCAAGCUAUACAUGUUAAGAUCCUUUAACCUUUCCUGGUAAGUUUUAUCCCGCAAUCCAUGAACCAGUUUAGUAGCCCUUCUCUGAACCCUCUCUAAGGUAUCAAUAUCCUUCUGAGGAUACGGUCUCCAGUACUGUGUACAAUACUCCAAGUGAGGUCUCACCAGUGUUCUGUACAAUGGCAUGAGCACUUCCCUCUUUCUACUGCUAAUACCUCUCCCUAUACAACCAAGCAUUCUGCUAGCAUUUCCUGCUGCUCUAUUACAUUGUCUGCCUACCUUUAAGUCAUCAGAAAUAAUCACCCCUAAAUCCCUUUCCUCAUAGGUUGAGGUUAGUAGGGUAUCUUUAUGUGUUCUCUUCAUUGACUAUUUUAACGUCUUCUACAGAAGUUUCUAGCAGGGCAAUGGGGAGUCUGAUUGGAAAGCAAUUCUGUGUGCAUGCUCUGACUUGGCACUAGGCACAGCCUGUCUAAUGGCAGUUUAUCUCCUCACUAAUAAAGCAGUAUGUCAGUUUAACCGGAGUCUUAUUCACACUUAUUUAUCAAUAUACACAAAGUGUUUGUAUCUGCAUUGCACAAGACAUGAAAUCAGAUAAGUGAUACAGAGAGCAAUGGACAUGUUUGUAAACAAUAAUAUCAUCUUUACAAUCAUAACCAACAUACAGUGCUUAUAUCACAAUGGUACGAAGACACAAGGAGUGACUGCAUGAUACUAACUGCAAAUGGAAAAACUUGUAAAAAAAAACAAUACAGUCAUAGGUAGAUUAAUAGAAAAUGCAAUUAAAUACAAAUACGAGAAAUUAGUAAGUAGCACACUAAAUGUGCAUCAUUAAAUAUAUUGUGUCUACGGUGUACAUGUUUGAUAAAAACAUUACAUAUUAAACCAUCACCUGUCUCAUGAUCUGUGAACUGGGGAUUAUUAAACUGACACUAGGUCUGGGUUGGGGAACACAGUUAUUAAUAUUUUGGGUGAUAGAAAUUGGUUGCUAAACUUUUCAAUUGUAUAUAACACAUGGAUACUCUACCCCCUCACCCUUCCCCCCUCACCUUCCCUCCUUUCCUAUACUCCAACCAGCUGUAAAUACCUUCAUAUAACUGUUCCAUCUACCGGUAUAUCUCUGUUAUUCAGGCGUCACACUCAUACUCAGUGAAGCUCUGCAUUUUUCUCCCCACUUCCCACCCACCCUCCUCCUGCCCACCCGCACCAACCCAGGUCCCCCCUAAAUAUAUAGCAUGCUUCUCCAGCUGUUUGAGAUUCUCACUCAAUUAUCUCUUCAUUCCCUUUAUAUUUUACCAAUAGCUGCUUCUCUCUGUUAACUAUUUUAGACAUCACCUUAAAAUUCCCCCUGCUACCUUUUGUCUCAAAUCCCCACGGUAUCCUUUAGAUUGUAAGCUCAUGGCCAUCUAGCUAAGCACUUUGUAUAAAGAGCUCCAAUGGCUAGAUAUCAGCUUACGGGCAGGGCUCUCUCUACCUCUCGUUUUUGUCUGUGUAUAUUGUACGUUCUCAACUAACUUACAGCGCUGCGGAAUCUGUUGGUGCUUUAUAAAUACCAGUAAUAAAUAAAUAAUAAAUAGGAGACCGUUCCUCUACAGAUGUAUUUUUGACACACAUGUUCUGAAGGUAAUUUACAUUUAAUAGUUACAUAUUCUUUCACUUCUGAAAUAGCAAUCUAUUCCAAGAACAUAGGAGGUUUAUUGCAUUAUCAGUUCAAGGUUAAUUUCCCCACUAUAAUUUAAAACCCCUUUUAUGGGGUCUUAAUGAGUUUUAUAAUAAUCCAGUCUCUAACCCGACAAUUAACUUGUGGACUUGCGGUCUAUAAGCAGUUCUGUUUAGAGGACAUAAUGUAUCACUAAAAGCUGCAUUUCUUUCCUGGUAAAAUAUUUUAUAAAUAAAUAAAUAAAUUAUUGAAUAAGCAAAAUCAAGGAACCCGAAUCUUUCAUUUUAUAAUGGUAUGAUUAUCAGUAUAAAGAAACAAUGAACAUCUGGUGAAGAAUAAGCGAUGGAGAAUGAUAUAUUAUUCACAUAGAGCAGGUAUGAAUACAGAUAUAAACCCACAUAAAGGGUCUGUCGUGACGAAACCGAUGGCCUCAGAUUCCGUACCCCAACUCGUGUAUAGCGAGCCCUGCCAAUAUACUUUCAUUCUCUUUUUUUUUUAAUUUUCAUUGGGAAAUCAUGGAAUGUAUUAAAAUUGGAGUUGAUGUUAAACAUGUUGCUUUGUGUUUGUUUUUUGAGCUGUGGGUUAAUGUUAAUGUUUCUUUAAGCAUGUUCAUAUUGGAUAUUCGGGGUAGAAUGUACAUUUAGUUGUAUUAUUGAUUUGCGGUUAUAUUGUUGUUAUCGUGUUAAUUUGUCCUUUAAUUGGUUUCAUUGAUUAACACGGUAUUGUUAGUUGAUAUUUCCUACCAAUAUUAGCUCGCAGGGUGUUUGUAGACUUAGUUCUGCUCAUGUACAACCACUGACAGAUAUCAGAAAAUUGAUUAAUUGUUAUAAAAAUGUUUUCUGUGGUUUAUGAAGUCUUUUUAAGUAUAGUAUUUAUCUGAUAACUUUGUUAAGGCAUUUAUUGUGAGUGCUUGGGUCUGCCUCUAUGACGUAUGGUAUCAAAAACUGAACUGAAAAUGGUAAAAGUGAUCUUGUAAAUGAUCAGAAUGAUGAGUUUGUGAAGGUUCAGCAAUGUCGAUAAGUACAGAAUAAUAGGUUGUAAUUUACCCCAAUAUGUCGUACAUAUCGAGCAUGCACCAAGCUUUGAAUGAAUUCAGAGAUUCUUUUCUGAUUAAUAACUCUGACUAAGUUGAUCUUCUUUCUAUCUAUGAAAAAAAAAAAAAUACAAUUUCUACCUACUACGGCGAGAAUAAAAGCACACAUUGCAUCUGAUUGAAAUGUAUAAAUAUAAAAGAUUACGUCUGCUCACCUCAUUCUUUUACCAAAAGCCUUUCUUCCUACCAGAAAAGCUGGGAAUAUUUACUAAAGUUGCAUCAUAAAGCCUAGAAUAUGGCAGAUAUCCUAAGUGGGCCUCCAUUGCCCAAGGUGAUGACAGUAAGCCCAGGUUAAAAGACACCAGGUCCUGUGUCCCUGGAUACAAAUAUAUUGCUUAGUGUAAGGAGAGUGACAUACAAUUGUAUGUCUCCUAUAAAAUCUCUUGUGCCUCUCAUCAUUACCCCUAGAAUGCAGGUACCGACUAGGACAGGGGUAGGCGAGCUUCGGCACUCGAAAUGAACUACGUCUCCCAGAAUGCACUUGGAUAUUAAACACAGCUGCCCAACCAACCUCCCACAUCAAAGUGACCUCCCAAUAUAAUUAUUUGUAUACUCCUUGUAAUAUAAAAAUAUUUUGUAAUUCAGUAGCAGAAGAUUUUAAAUGACUGUAAUCACUUUUCUGUAAAUGGCAAGAUUGAAUAAAACAUUGAGUGCUUAUAUUAACCCCUUUCAUGACACUCCAUUCCUUUAACUGUGUAUUGAAGAUUAGCGGUUAAAGACACAAGUCCAGCCCCGGCACACAUUGUACGGGAGGAGGCGCAAUAAAAGCAUUGGAUCUGUUUCUGCUCCUCUUCUUUACUUUAUAUAAAUGGCUGAAUGUCUAACAAUGAUUGACAGGGAUCCAAAAUGGAGACACCUAGUUCCAUCUCAGAGCUAUAUACAGAGGGGGUGAAAUUUAACACUUAAUUUAUUUAAGACUUUCCAUCUCACAAUCUCAUAUCUAUUAAAUAGAAGGAUAUGUGAACGUGACAAUAAAACUGGUGGGAAGGGACUCUCCUCCUUUAAGUCAUUGAGAAUGUGUUUUUAGAUAUGUUAAUACACAUUUUUACUUGGUACUGGCACACCUAAUAUUAUCUAUUUUUAUUCAGCCAGCAUAUAUGGAGAGGAAGAUCCUUUCAUAUACGGUAAGUAAACCCCUUUAUAAUCUUUAUAGCUCACGUUGUGGCCAAUAAUUACAAUUGUUGCCUAAAAGGCACAGGCAGGGCAGGCCAUGCACAUUAAGGCAUUUUCCAAUGAUUCAUUUGUUUCAGAGGGAAGACUGGGACAAAGUUCUAAAACUGGAGACAAUGGUAGACCUAAUAGGAUAUUCCUGAUGGUUCUUCUGGUUUCCAUGGUUAUUGCUCCACUUUUCGAAAUGUCCCCAUUUUUCCAUUAGUGAUACUUUUUAAAUCCUCUGCUUUUGUGUUUGUGCGCACGUUACACGUUACAGUUCAUUCAGUUGUUAACAUGCAGCUCAUUGUUUAGUGAGUAUAAUUUGUCGGUUUUCAGCUAGAUGAAUUCUACAUUUUGUUUUAGACUUUUUACAAAUAUUAGUAUUUAGGGAGCCCAUCCGCCACUCAGGGGUGGGGCCAGGGGGGAGGACAUUAGGUCCCCCCCCCUUAUUCCAAUGCCGAACCGAACCGAACAUUUUCCCCAUGCACGUGCCUAUUAAAGGUUCUUUUUCUAGGAUUUUUUUAGUGAUUAGUUUAAAGAAACUAAACCAACACACAAUAAUAGGUCAAAUUAAUACUAAUCUCUCCGGCUUCCAGCAUCACACUCCUCUCUGAUGGUCAUUUAAACCCAUUCGGCAAGGUAGCUGAUGUGAGACAGUUCAGACAGUUUUUACACCAUGUUUUGUGGAAACAUCUUAAAAAUCAUUGUUUGAUGCCUGCAGUUGGCACAUGCAGUCAUAAAUGGCACAAGAAGGUGUUGGGUCAGGGCCGGCGCGUCCAUAAGGCGGCACAGGCGGCCGCCUUAGGGCGCACGGGCUCUGGGGGCGCAAUAUUUCAGUGACCGGCAGGAGGGAAGCUCUCCCUCCUGCCAGGCCACCAUCUCGACCCCCGGCGCAGCGUGCGGCAGUGCUGUGAUCAGGCGCGCGAGGGAGCUCUAAUCUCCACGCUCUGCUCCCUCGCGCGCUGCCUACUGAUGCCGCGGGAGCCGGAAUAUGACGUCAUCAGUAGGCAGCCCGCGAGGGAGCAGAGGGUGGAGAUUAGAGCUCCCUCGCCGCGCCUGAUCACAGCACUGCCGCACGCCUCCCAGCAGCCCCAGGGACCGAUCCAUCAUCCACACCAGCUCUCCAGGUAGGGAGGCUGGGUGGAAAAUGUGUAUUUAUAAAAUAAUUAGUGAAUGUAUGUGAUGUGUGUCUGUGAGUGACAGUGUGUGUGUCUGUGAGUGACAGUGUGUGUGUGUCUGUGAGUGUGUGUGUGUGAGUGACAGUGUGUGUAUCUGUGAGUGACAGUGUGUGUGUCUGUGAGUGACAGUGUGUGUGUCUGUGAGUGACAGUGUGUGUGUAUCUGUGAGUGACAGUGUGUGUGUGUCUGUGAGUGACAGAGUGUGUGUGUCUGUGAGUGACAGAGUGUGUGUCUGUGAGUGACAGAGUGUGUGUCUGUGAGUGACAGAGUGUGUGUGUCUGUGAGUGACAGAGUGUGUGUGUCUGUGAGUGACUGUGUGUGUGUGUCUGUGAGUGACUGUGUGUGUCUGAGUGACUGAGCGUGUGUCUGUGAGUGACUGAGCGUGUGUCUGUGAGUGACAGUGUGUGAGUGACAGAGUGUGUGUGUCUGUGAGUGACAGAGUGUGUGUGUCUGAGUGACUGAGCGUGUGUGUGAGUGACAGUGUGUGUGAGUGACAGUGUGUGUGAGUGACAGAGUGUGUGAGUGACAGAGUGUGUGAGUGACAGAGUGUGUGAGUGACAGAGUGUGUGAGUGACAGAGUGUGUGUGUCUGUGAGUGACAGAGCGUCUGUGUGUGUGUGUGUCUGUGAGUGACAGAGUGUGUGUGUCUGUGAGUGACAGCAUGUGUGUGAGUGUGUGUGUCUGAGUGAUUGUAGGAGUGUGUCUGCAUGUCAGUGUAUGAUGAGUAUGUUUGUCAUUGAGUCUGUGUGUGACUAUCAGUGUGUCGGUCAAUGAGUGUCAAUCAGUGUGGGUCUGUCAGUGUCAAUGAAUGAGUGUGUGACAAAUCAAUGAGUCUGUGUCUGUCAGUGACGUCUGUGUGUUUGUCAUUGAGUGUGUGACUGUCAGUGUGUACAGAGUGUAGCGGAGCAGAGCGCGGUACAGGAACUUCUGUUUCCUGUACCUGGCCAGACUGACAAGAGGUGCUCACAGAGAGAGCACUCCCUGUCAGUCCGGCCGGGUACAGAAAACUGAAGCUCCUUUAGGGGAUCUGCUCCACUCGGCAAUGCAACAAUAGAGGUAGGAGGCACACCAGGAAGGGGAGUGUGACCACUAAAGGGGUGUGGGGUGCACCAAGGGACAGGGAGGGAAUGGGAGAGAAACACCAAGAGACAGGGAAAAGAGGGGGGAGGGGAGAAGAACACUAAGGGGAAGGGAAGGGACUACUAAUGGUCAGGGAGGGGAGAGGGGCUGGUUAAGAGGCACAUAGGUGAAGAUGUUUUUUUUCGGGGGGGGUGCGGGGGGGCGGAAAAAGGCAUCUUCGCCUAUGUACCUAAAAAUCCAAGCACCGGCCCUGUGUUGGGUUGGCCUUUCAUGUAAGAUAAGGGCUCUGUAGACACACAAUUUGUAGGGUAAUAUUCUAAGUGUGAAGCAAUCAGCAGAGAUAUUCUAUUGUUUCCAUGGUGAUUGUCCCGGAAUUCCACUUUACCAAUGAACCCCUAUGAUGUUUUAACUUAUUAACAUGUACAUUUCUAAUUCUUCUUGUGCAAUUCAUGUAUUUUUCCUGUGAUUCAGAUUAUGACACACUUCGGAUGACCGGACUUAUUCUUGCCAUUGUCAUGUUCGUUUUGGGUAUCGUCAUCGCUCUGAGUAAGUUUUUCUUCGGCCUCAAGCGCACCCUCGCCCUUUUAUGAUCACCGAAAACUUCUCACAAAUUGGAAUCACGGUGAUGAGAUUUUGGAACUUUGUUUUUUUUAUUUACAUUUUCUUACUGUUUAUUUUUUUGUUAAUGUCUUUGAAACUUGAAUUCCGCUUGUUCUAUCUUGAAUUAAUUUGACUUUCAUACUGCUGCAAUUUGCUUAGUUAGCCCUACCCAGGUCCAUCAGUUUAUACCUAGUUCCUCAUCUUAAUGAGCAUCUCCAAGUUUUCCUGAGUUUGUCCAAUCAGAGCCACUGCUGACUUCAAAAAGAAACUCAACCCUUAAACAUUGUGUGAAGGAUACGUCCAAGAAGCAAGUUACUGUCAGAUUUCUCCUGAAAUUAUCAACUUGCAAAAGCUGUCAUUGUAAGUUGCUGGAAAACACAUCUGGGCCCCCAUGAGUGGAUGAAUGCAAGAAGAGUUGGCCUCAAUUAUAUUUACAUCACCAAUGGCUCAUUGUUGACCUUACCUUUCUUACUGUCAAUAAACUUACUGAUACAUUUAAUAGAUGUUACCAGUAGAGUACAUUUUCUGGUACAAUGUGCUAAUAAGUGAGGCAGCGUUUGAAAAGAAAUUAAAUGUAACACCUUGUUAGCGAUCUUACUCCAGACUGGUAGUCCCUGUGAGAAUAUCUAUUCAUACAUUAAUAAAGCUACGCAGGUAGAAAAGGUAUCAAGAGUGGUAUAGAUCCAAAGACCCCAUAAACAGCUCUAACUAAAUGCAGACCACAUACAGCUGCUUGGAUUGCUAAGUCAUACCAUAAUCACUUCAGUGUCCCCAUACAUUUCGGGUUUUUAAUUGACUACAAGUUGUGGAGUGAGUUUGUGUUAGUUAGACAAGGUAAUUAAUGUGUGUUCAGAAAUAUUUGUAGGGAUCCAAAAUAAUUAUCCGACACAGGAAUUGUUUUAUUUUUAAAAGGAUGUAUCUUUUUAGAGUUAAAGAAACAUUAUUCUGAUCAGGGAAAGGACUGAGCUGGACGUUUCAUUUUUUGGUGUACUUUUUAAAUGUCAUCCUAGGAAUUUAUUUAAAUUGUAUGAAUGGGCAGCCACUCACAAUGUGGAGAAAUAUUUCUUUAAAGAUUCAAACAGAUUCUAAUUAGCUUUAUUACGUUCAUAACUUGCUUUCAUUUAAUGUUAAUUAAUUCACAGCUGCGGACCAAAAUGGCUUCAAAGCAAUGUUUGUUUGUUUGUUUUGCCUCUUUUCAUGUCUAAAGAUGGGAUUGUGAAUUUCUAAACAAAUGCAAAUAUUUUGGUUACCAUGUAAACAAAGGCUUAACUCUCUCAGUAAACUGGUAAGAAAAGCUUUCUGAAAAUCUCCCAGAGUUCCAAUUAAUGAUUCCCAUUCAGGAUAUUUAAUAAUAACAGGGUUAUAAAGUGAAUUAUAAGUGGAUUUCAUAUUUAAUGCCAGAUAAUCGAACCAAAACAAUAACUUAGAGAAGGUUUUCAGUGUCCGUGUUUUGACCUUAAAUUUAAAAUGUACUUUGAAUUCUCAUUGUAGUGAAAAGCCCUGUAUGUUUAGUUAUCCCUCUAUUUAACACAAAUAAAAUGAAAUGUAGAAACCCACAGAUUAAAAUCCUGUAACUGUUCCGGUCAGUCAGUCAGCACAGAGAGAGCAUACAGAGACGAGGAGACAUGGAUAACCAGAUUGAUGAAUUGCAUGGACUAAACUGGAAUGUGAUAGUUCUGUUAAAUAUUUUAGAUUAUUCUAAUUGGAAAGAAAUCCUCAUAUGACGUUUUAUUGAAAUUUAUUGAAGAUGUCUGUUUCUCUUUGUAUCGUCUUAUGAUCCUUCUGUUUGUUUUUUCUCUUACAGGUAAUAAAUUUAAAUGCAAACAGAAGAAUGCAAAGUAAGUGUCCUUUCCCUCCCGAUCCUGAUCUGUGUGUUCGCCCCCCUCCCGCGUCUCUCUAACUGUCCUUUUCUAGACGCAGUCCCUGCUGAGGCCUUCAAUGCCAUUUUAAAAUCUUUCCCAUUGACAGCAAUGCCUGGCUUUAUUUGAUCUCGAUAUCUUCCCAGUGAGCGGCUGUCUCUGCAUGAACUCUCACCAUUUACUUCCCUAUAGAUUCCGGAGACACCUGAGGAAAACGUCCAUUUAAUAUCCCCAUUAGUGGCCGUCACCCUAUGGUGAACAGUCCUUUAUUGAAACUCAUAUUAAUGAAAUCCCAUGCUGUUUGCAUAGGUCAUCUGAACGCUUAAAGCAAUCCAGAACAAAACCGUCUUCAUAUUCCAUUCGUUUAACUCUGUGCUCGCCAACAUGUUCGCCUUCGAUAAUGCGCUGGCUCCUGUCACAGUCAAAAUACGGGAUUAACAUUGUCUGCACUGAAAUUCAUACUCUGCACCGCUUUCAUACUCUGCGCCGAAAUUCAUACUCUGCGCCGAAAUUCAUAGCCUGCACCAAAAUUCAUACUCUGCGCCGCUUUCAUACUCUGCACCGAAGUUCAUAGCCUGCACCGCGUUCAUAGCCUGCACCGCGUUCAUAUUUUGUGGGUCCCUCUGUGCGCUCCCUGAAGGUGUCUUUGUUAGUUAAAAAAAAAAAAAAAAAAUCACACAGUGAAAAACUACAAUCCAGCAUUUAACCCAAAUUUAGAGUAAAAAAAAGGAGAUACAAAUAGGCACAAAUGGUUCUGUUUUUAUUGGCAGUUUUUUUUAAAAUAUCAAAUUAACUAAGAAAAACAAAGGGAAGCUAAAAUCUUUAUAAAUAUAUUAUCUUGGCAUCCGAAGACUCAAUCCCUAAACACUGAAAUUAAGGGAAGUUUCACUGUCUGGGACUGACAAUCCUAAAAUAUUGUUUAAUCUCACAUUAGUUCAAUUAAUUCUAAAUCCAUUUAAUAAAUCAGGAAUCAUUUGAAUUGACCAGAAACAGUCCCAUUACAGGAAGAAGCUAGGGCUGUGAAUAUGGGAUGAGGUCAUUCGGGGACGUGUUCUGUGACUUCAUGACCUAUCUCUGGCUGAUCAUAGAAUUCUUAAAACAGUUUUUAGUUAUUUAGUGGAAAACCAAAUUAGUUAAUAUACACAAACUCCCUUAGACUUCAAUUAUCAGACAAACAGGGCUGCCAUCAGAAAUUUUGGGGCACCUUACACAGCUCAAGGUCUGGGCCCCUGGGACCUUCCCCGAGUCCAAUCACAAGCCCUAUCCUGAGUCCACCUGCAAGGAUGCAAUGUGUGUGUAGUAGAUGCAGUGUGUGUGUAAAGUGGAUGCAGUGUGUAUAUAGUGAUAUAGUGGAUGUGAUGUGUGUGUAAUGGAUGCAGUGUGUGUAGUGGAUGCAAUGUAGUGUGUGUAGUGAGUGUGCUGUGUGUAGUGGAUGCAAUGUGUAUAAAGUGUGUUUGUGUAAUGUAUGCAGUGUGUAUAAAUAUGUGGGGUAGGAUAGUGGCUGCAUUCUGCAGGGUAAAAAAGGAUUAAAAAAAAAAAUUAUAUAUAUAUUAAUAAAUUAUAUUUUAUUCACCUCUCCGUGUCUCUUGCAUGUGGCAAGGAGGGGGAAUACUGCACUCUCUGGUGGUCCGGUGGCACUGGUUCUAUAUAACAAAGAGGGGGCAUGGUCAAUGCUAUCUUCAGUUUCUGGCAGUCAGGGGCCCGUCUGCAGGAGCACAUUUAUUUAGCGAUAAUUGCUUUGUAUGUGUUUAUAUUGGGAAUGUGGGGCCCUGGCCCCAUACAGCCGUAUCUCCCAUAGCUCCUGAGCAGGCUAGGACCCAUUGGACACCCAGGUCAGGAUUGUCAUGCCCUGCAGACAGAAACGAAUGGUGAAACUUUUAGCAUAUUACUUACAAUAUUACAGUUAAAUAAUAUAUUUCAUUUCUUUUAAUAAUGUUACUGUAGCCUGUGACACAGUGACUGUGCCAAAAAUAGUCAGUGUUGUUUGGCUCUACAUUUUCGAGAAGCACAUUUCUCCUAUGUCUUUUGUGAUAGGUUAGUGGUGUUCAGGAGUUCAGGUAAAAGAAAUAAUAUAUAUUUUCUAGCCUUGAGAACUGCAAGGAAAUCCCGGGAGAGUUCAGUAAUUACAAGUAAUUAGAUACUUUGUCUCUGGAGACCUGAGUCGUUUGAGAAUGAGAGGCUUUUCUCAUCAUAAAUGAAUUCUGUCUCAAAAAUUAAACUGUUUUCUUUUCCUGCCACAUCCAAUUUUGUGAAGGGGUAACAGAUAUUAAAAUUCCUUGAGCUGUUUAAUAAAUAUUCUGGGAAAUUUCCUGAGGAUGAGAGUUUCUGACUAGUGUAACCCCCCCACGACCUAUCAUGCGCAAAAGAGAACUAUUACAAAUAUCAAAUAAAGCGUCGCUAUUUCUGGAAAGAUGUUGGAGGCACGGGAUCACGCUCCCAAUAAUGUGUUAUAAUUGGUUUGAGAUCUUACCUUGAGAGCUUACUGUUUGACUUCCCACAACUGGGCCGCACUGCCCUCACAAAGUUUUCUUCACGGAGGACAAUGUGACCCAGUUCCUUCACAAUUCUACUUCAUCACUGGAUGGGCUCUACGCAAGUUAUACAGAUCUGUUAAUCAAUAAUUAGAUGUAUAGUAUAGGGCUAUUCCAGCUAGGGAAACAAAUAUGACAUAGUGCAACACUGUGUGUAGUAAUGCUAAAUAUAAAGAUAAGUGCCAAGUGAUCACUCACACUUUGACAUCAAAUAAAAUGCCUUCAGAAAUAUGUUGGUGUGCGUCUUCUUGCUUCAGUACUUGGUAGAUGUUAAUCUCAUAUAGAAAAGAGAUAAGGUGAAAAAAAAUUAUGAAAUGACUGUAUAGAUAAAGUGCAAAAAAUAGCAUUUAUUACUUACAUCAAAGUAAAUAAUAGCAGAUAAUGAUAAAUGGGUUCAGUAUUGGACCAACGCGUUUCGUCCCUAUUAGGGACUUCCUCAGGCACAAUCUUUAACAAAAUGCUGGAUACAAAUGCAUACAAUCCUAACUAAAUCCCUCCCCUAAUAUAUACACCCCCCAAUUAGUCCCAAUAGUUGUUCCACAGCUAAAGGAAAACUGAACCACCUGUGAAACAACUAUUGGGACUAAUUGGGGGAUGUAUAUAUGUCAAAGUGUGAGUGAUCACUUGGCACUUAUUUUUAUAUUUAGCAUUACUACACACAGUGUUGCACUAUGUCAUAUUUGUUUCCCUAGCUGGAAUAGCCCUAUACUAUACAUAUAUUGAUUUGAAGAUAGGAGGAGAUCUUCGGGCAUAUUCUAUGCUAUUAAAGGGAAGUUGUUAAUAUUUAUAUUUUCCACUAAAAUCAGUUUUUGAAUGGUGUUACUGCAUCUGGACACCAAAAACACUUUUGUAAAUCUGUGAGCUUGUGAGAGACAUUAUCUUACCAAAUCAAUAAUUAGACUUUGCAAAUAUCAAAACAAGAUUCAAAUAAUUUAAUUCAUAAAAUACUUUUAUUUUCUUCGGACAUUUCUAUCUUUGCAAAGAAAAAUCGCUUUACCUGACUCUCUUUUCCAAACAUUUGCUCUGUCUAUGUCUCUCAUCUCUCACUGUCUAGAUCUUUUUGAUUCUGUGUCUCUGUUGAAGCAAAUCUAGACGUUGCCUUGCACAUCCUAUUUUGCUAGUUUUUAUAUUGUUUUAUCCUCUUUCUUACAGUGGAUCUCAAUCUGAUGGGAGACAACCACAUCAAACCCAAAGUAAGUUAUAUAGUUACAAAACAUUUCAAAAAAUGUAUAACAACCAAAACAACAACAAAACUUGUAACACAAACUUUGAAAAAAAGUUGCCUUUGACCUCAUCUGUUGGCAAACAGUUCAUGUACAGUUGCAAGAAAAAGUAUGUGAACCCUUUGGAAUGAUAUGGAUUUCUGCACAAAUUGGUCAUAAAAUGUGAUCUGAUGAUCAUCUAAGUCACAACAAUAGACAAUCACAGUCUGCUUAAACUAAUAACACACAAAGAAUUAAAUGUUGCCAUGUUUUUUUUGUACACACCAUGUAAACAUUCACAGUGCAGGUGGGAAAAGUAUGUGAACCCUUGGAUUUAAUAACUGGUUGAACCUCCUUUGGCAGCAAUAACUUCAACCAAACGUUUCCUGUAGUUGCAGAUCAGACGUGCACAACGGUCAGGAGUAAUUCUUGACCAUUCCUCUUUACAGAACUGUUUCAGUUCAGCAAUAUUCUUGGGAUGUCUGGUGUGAAUCGCUUUCUUGAGGUCAUGCCACAGCAUCUCAAUCGGGUUGAGGUCAGGACUCUGACUGGGCCACUUCAGAAGGCGUAUUUUCUUCUGUUUAAGCCAUUCUGUUGUUGAUUUACUUCUAUGCUUUGGGUCAUUGUCCUGUUGCAACACCCAUCUUCUGUUGAGCUUCAGCUGGUAGACAGAUGGCCUUAAGUUCUCCUGCAAAAUGUCUUGAUAAACUUUGGAAUUCAUUUUUCCUUCGAUGAUAGCAAUCCGUCCAGGCCCUGACGCAGCAAAGCAGCCCCAAACCAUGAUGCCCCCACCACCAUACUUCACAGUUGGGAUGAGGUUUUGAUGUGGGGGGGUUGUGCCUUUUUUUCACCACACAUAGUGUUGUGUGUUUUUUCCAAACAACUCAACUUUGGUUUCAUCUGUCCUCAGAAUAUUUUGCCAGUAAUGCUGUGGAACAUCCAGGUGCUCUUGUGCAAACUGUAAACAUGCAGCAAUGUUUUGUUUGGGCAGCAGUGGCUUCCUCUGUGGUAUCCUCCCAUGAAAUCCAUUCUUUUUCAGUGUUUUACGUAUUGUAGAUUCGCUAACAGGGAUGUUAGCAUUUGCCAGUGACUUUUGUAAGUCUUUAGUUGACACUCUAAGAUUCUUCUUCACCUCAUUGAGCAGUCUGCGCUGUGCUCUUGCAGUCAUCUUUACAAGAGGGCCACUCCUGGGGAGAGUAGCAGCAGUGCUGAACUUUCUCCAUUUAUAGACAAUUUGUCCUUCCGUGGACUGAUGAACAGCAAGGGAGAUACUUUUAUAACCCUUUUCAGCUUUAUGCAAUUCAACAAUUCUUAAUCGUAGGUCUUCUGAGAGCUUUUUUGUGCGAGGCAUCAUUCACAUCAGGCAAUGCUUCUUGUGAAAAGCAAACCCAGAACUGGUGUGAGUUUUUUAUAGGGCAGGGCAGCUGUAACCAACACCUCCAAUCUCGUUGUUUGGACUCCCGUUGGCUGACAUCUCACUCCAAUUAGCUCUUGGAGAUGUCAUUAGUCUAGUGGUUCACAUACUUUUUCCACCUGCACUGUGAAUGUUUACAUGGUGUGUUCAAUAAAAACAUGGCAACAUUUCAUUCUUUGUGUUUUAUUAGUUUAAGCAGACUGUGAUUGUCUAUUGUUGUGACUUAGAUGAUGAUCAAAUCACAUUUUAUGACCAAUUUGUGCAGAAAUCCAUAUAAUUCCAAAGGGUUCACAUACUUUUUCUUGCAACUGUAUACUUUUCAUUUGAUGGUCUGGUCAAAAUACUGUAAUCUUUUAAAUUCUUCUAUACAUAAUUUAACCCUUUUUUUCUACCUCUCUCUGUCCAUCAGCCUCUGCAGGAAGCGUAUAG